GGUUUAUCUACUUCACCAUUAAUAGCUUGAUAGUUAGAUAGAGAUCAAUACUAUGUCUUGGGACGACGAAGAUUUUGACAUUCCAACCAACCCAAAGGUUGCUGCUGCUGCUGCUUCAUGGGAAGAUGAAUUAAAUGAUGAGCCCUUGUUAGAAUCUUGGGAUGCUGAAGAAGAAGAAAAGCCAAAGAAGGCUACUCCAGCACCAAAAAAGAAGGCUGCUGCAUCUAGUAAAAGUAAUGUCGCUAAGAAACAACUUGAUCUUGACAACGUUGAUGAAAAAACCAGAAAAGAAUUGUUGAGAAAGGCCGAAUUAGAUUCUGAUUUGAAUAAUGCUGCUGAUUUAUUUGGUGGAUUAGGUGUUGCUGGUGAUAAAGCCCCAGUAGAAUCAUUUGAUGUUAAUGCACAUCCAAGAGAAAGAGCUGCUCAAGCCAGUGCUUCUAAAACACCAUCCAAACCGGUUUUAACUAAAGAUACACCAAUUGAUGAACAUCCAUUGUUUCAACCAACUAAUAAGCAAGAAUUUGAAAAAUUAAGAAAAGCAGUUGCACCAGCUUUAACUGGAUUAGCUAAAGACUCUCAAUUAAUGUAUGCAUCCAACUUGGCUAUUGAUUUGAUUAGAGAUUUGACCCAACCUUUAAAUGUUGAGCAAACUAGAAAAGCAAUCUCUACCCUUAAUAUUGUUCUUAAAGAAAAGGAAAAAGCCGAAAGACAAGCUAGAUUGGCUAAAUCCGGUGGUACUGCAACUGGUGGUGCCGGUAAAAAGAAGGCUAAACCAGCUGCCAAAACCAACGUCAAUGAUUCUUUCAAAAAGGAUCCUUUCGACGAUAUGGAUUACAAUGAUUUCGACGAUGAUGACUUUAUGUAAAACCCCUUUUCCAGUCUACAAUAUGAUCUUAAAUGAUAAAGUCUUUAUAUUAAUGCUUUUUGUAUAAAGUACAAUAUACUAGUGUUAU